AUGGGUCGCUUUGGUACCGCGACGCUCGUGGCCCUCGCGGUCUGCCUCCUCUACUGCACGGCGUCCGCCGGCGCCGAGCCGACGACGACGGACCUCGGGGCGGUGCCGUGCGACGGGACGCUGGGGCAGUGCGCGGUGGCGAGCGACGAGGAGCAGGAGGUGGGCGGCGGCGGCGCUGGCGACGCGCUCCUGCGGCGGGCGCUGGCUGCGCGGAAGCCGACGAACCGGUACAUCAGCUACGCGGCGCUGCGCGCGGACCAGGUGCCGUGCAACCAGCGCGGCCGCUCCUACUACAGCAACUGCGCGUCGCAGCAGGCCGCCAACCCCUACCGCCGCGGAUGCUCCGCCAUCACCCGUUGCGCACGCAACACCAACUGA